UGACCUAGUGAGAAGAUGGACCCCAAUCAGUGGCGGAACUAUAACCAAGCAUAUGGUCACAUUGGCCAUAGCAGUGGGUUAUCACCAACGGCAGCCAAUUUUAACCGUUGUGAUCUUCCACUCCUAAAUGCAGAUCCAGGUCUUGGAACAGGACUUGGACUUAGCCCGUCACUGCAGUCACAUCCGUCAAGCAUGUCCUCAGGCAGGUCAAUUGGUGGACUUGGGGCGGUACCUUCCAACUACCCACACUCACUUCACAAUACCAUGUCUCCGUUCCUAGAUGCAGUCAAUCCACUUCCUUCAGCUUUUCCAGCACAAAGUCCGUACAAAAGCCUUGGUCAGUCAUCAUUUGGGAUAGAAGCUUCAACGCUGAGGUCACCUGACUCACCAAGUCUCUAUGGCUUUACAUCUGUUGCAGAUACAAGAUCCCACUCGAAGUCACUCUAUGCUCAGGACACACUGUUGUCAAAGGAACAACAGAUAAGCUACGGUUUGUCCUCAUCUCUCAGUCCAUUAAGCAGCAUUGAAAAGUCAUCAAAGUCUGCUAGCUGGAAUCUGUCGAACUUUGUGCCCAAUCCAUCAAAUCCUUUCGGAAAUUUGAAUACUGAUGUUCCGUCCUCUCUGUCGGAAUUAGCUGGACCUCCUCCUGCUCACAGUGGCAAUACUGCCACCUCCAGACAUAGCACCAUUCAGAGAAACCACUUUGCUCCAGACCUGUUUUCACAUGCACCAUUGAACAGCAAAUCAUCCCGAAGCUAUUCCCUGGAUAAGCCUCCUGAUGAGCUGUUGUUGACCAACCCAACUCUUCAAUUACCACGAGGAGGACUCGGUGAAUCACUCUUUACUUCCCCCACACAACAUGGCAUUGAAAACCUUACCAAACCCUCAACUCAACAUAACAGUAUUUUUGGGUUCGUACCCAGCUCUUCUGCAGCAUUGAAGUCAGAAAUUGCAUCAAAUUAUCAACAGCAAUUGUCAUCUGAUAUCACCUAUGAUCCUGUUAGUCCGCCAACACCACUUUCAGAUGGAGGCCAACAGCAAAAUGAUUCAUACAAUGUGGGACUCCAUGACAUCAGUCCUUUGAGUCACUCACAACACGGAUUAAUGCCACAGAAACAGAAAGAGAGAUUAGCACAAGACUCUCAUCAAGUGAUAAUGCAUGCCCAUUCGGGGAAAUCAGGAAGUGUACAGAACAUUCCUAUGGAGCUGAAUAAAAAUCCAAACCAAAUGUCAAACAGCCCAAUGCAGCAGUCUCCCAUCAGCGUCGGUGGGAGUCCACACAUGUCUGUACCAAUGAGUUCACCACAAACUCCAAUGCCUAGCUCGACUGUUGUUCAAGCACCCCCUCCAAUACAAGCAGUGGCCGACUCAACCACAAAACCCAAGAGAGUGCGUUCUCGAAAGAAAAAGGUUUCAGUUGAUCAGGAGAAUGGACAAAAAUUUUCCCCAGAGGGUCUGCCCCCUCACAUGGUCAAUCAACAUGGGGAUAUGAUGGGUAUGCCCCUCUCCAUGUCUAAUUCAGGUCAUUUGAUGGGUAUGGGGAGUCAGAACUUUAACCAGACUAAUCCCUACAGUCCCCAGAAGUCUCAACCAUAUAGCCCUCACACUCAUCCCCAGUACAGCCCCAAAAAGACCCAAGCUGUAAGUCCCCAAUCAUUCAGCCCUCAUAUCGCGUCUCAGGCCAUGGUGGACAAGGUGUACAACCACCAGCAAUCUCCAGCCAUGGAUGAGCAAUUCUCCAUGCAACAUUCAGCUAGCUUAUCAUCUCAAAACCAAAUGUCACUGCCAUCCAAUUCAAACCAUAUGUCAUUAAUGUCAGACAGUGUGAUACACAGUGGUGGACAGGGUUCUGUUAUCCAUAAUAUGGCAGGAGAGACCAUUCAGCAGUCCCUUCAGUCACAGGGGGCCACUCCCAGCCCCCCAGAACAGCAACGGGGCCAUAUGACGGUUAACUCAUUAUCAAUGUCAGACAUGGCAUCCACGCCAAUGGCUGAAGCAUUAGUUGGAAAUAAUACUAAUUACAACUUUAGCAGUGUGCCCGGGCAGUCAUUUGUGGAACAGUUACAAUCCGAUUCAAAUAUUGACCAUUUAAAUAAAUCACCAAUGGCCGACCCAAUGUCCAUUGGUCAGAUGGACCUACAGAAUCAACAAGGAACAUACGUCUCUCCACAGCAGCAACAAAAUCCUGGGUACAUGCCAUCUCAGCCAGGAGGCUAUGUAUCACAGCAGCCCAACAGUAUUUACACAGAUUUGGAUAAUUAUAAUAACCAAUAUGAAAAUGCUCACAGUAGUCUUACUUCUCCUUCAAUGGGAUAUGAAAACUCCCCACAUCCCAACAACACCUCUACAAUUGAUGAGGAUGCUCUGUCGAGCUUGAUUGGAAAUCCUACAUUACGAGAUACCUCCCCAAUUAAGGAGCUGUCGCCGGAGUACUGGAGACAUCCGACAAAGGCAGAACAAAAACUUAUGCCAACAAGAACUGUGACUAGCCAAAUAGAAUUUGAUGAUGAUUUUGCACACUUAUCAAAACCACCUGAUUGUGAAAAUAAGGACAAAAAACCAAAUAUUAAGCAAUUAUCAAAUCCCCACUCGAUGUUAAAUCCCUCCAUGCAAGCUAUUAACUCUGGAUCUGUUCAAAUAAAACCAGAGCAAAAUAUGGUAGUGAAAAAGCCAACUUCAAACAACAGUUCCUUUAUGGACUCCUUCCUUAGUUUUAUUCAAGGCAAAAAACCUGAGACUUUGUCAAGUUUAAAUACAUCUCAUGUUAAAAAGCCGGAGUUACCAAAAUAUAUCCCAGAACCUCGGCGUCCACGUCCAGUUGAAUCUUCGGACAGUGCUGCCAGUACUCCCAGACCUGAUACUGACAAUAAAUCAGAGUUUAGUUCAAACACAGGAAUCAAUUCACCGUCAACAUCACAAAAUGACGACACUGUCAACUCAAAUCUAGCUUUUUCAGAUGAUGAUGAUGAAGGUAGUGCUAACCUCACCAGUACUGUGGAAAAUGUGUUGUCAAAUCUAAAUGAGGAUGGCAGCAGAAAGGAGGGUAUCAAAAUGAGAAUUAGUUUUUCAAAAAUUACAGGUGGUGGGAAAAGAAAGACUAGUAAAUCAAGUGCAAAAGUGUUGUCUGGAUCACACAGAGGAAAAAGAUCCAUGUCAAACAAACGUUUUAGUGAUAAUGACGCUUUGGCUUCCUCUGGAGAUGAGGAUUACACUGUGGGUUCUUCUGAGGAAGAAGCUGUGAUGAGGGAAGAGAGAGCACCAACACCUCCACCCCCUGAGCCAACCAGGCAUGUUUCCUCUCGUAGGGCAAAGGACAAAGGACGCAAAGUAUACAAAGACUCUAGUGAUAGUGAUGCCUCUCUAGAUUUCCCUGGUCCAAUAUCUAAGACUGAUAGUGAUGCUGAGUAUGACUCGGACAAAGACCCUGCCUGGACUCCAUUUGCUGUGGAUAACAAGCGACAACCAUCAUAUGAUGCACUAGAUUACCGGGGAGCACCUUUACCUAGAAAAGGACGUCACAAAAGUGGACGAGGAAAAGGGCGAGGGAAGGUGGUUGGUAAGCGACUGAGUGAUCAAGCACCUACAUCUCGACCCUUAAAGACACAAAAGAUUAAUGACUUGAAGCAAGAGACUAAUAAUACCACUUGUGCAAUGGAACAUAUGUCCGAAUCUGAUACAAUCCUUCAUCUGGAGCUUAAAAAGGAAGGUUAUGAGGUAGGAGAUUUCAUCUUGGACAAAAGAGACCUCAACAAAUUUGAAAACUUUCCCAUCUGGAAGAUAGACUCUGGAAAAUUAAUCCGCAAAUAUGAGUUAAUCACAGAAGAAGGUCAAAUGCGACACAGAGCUAUGUGUACUUUUUCUAGCUGGGUGCCUAUUAUGCAAAAGGAUUACCUUCCUAUAAGAACCACAUAUGUGAGGACAGAUAAAGACAAGGAGGUAGUGGAAGUCUCCGAGGCGGACAGACCAACACCCAAGUUGGACAGCUAUUUAGAGCAUGCGUAUGAAGAGGAUCCCUUGGCUGACCUUUUCAACGUUUACCUCCAGAUAUUUCUCAGCCAAGCUCUAGAGCCAGGAUUUCUCAGUGCAAUUGGGGAAGGGGAAGAGAAUUUUUAUAUGGGGCCAUUACAAAGUAUUGAUAAAAUUAUUGAGAAGAAACUUGACGAGAUAGAAGCGAAGGUGAUGUGGAAGGUCACAUUCAAGAACGCUCUGAGGGGGAAGCCACACAUCAGGGAGUUGGACAGACCUAAUCUGAAACUGUCUUGUCAGGCUUGUGAAAAUGCUAGUCAACCUGCUAUCAAAUCUAUCCAUUUGUUUGGUCAGUCGUAUGACCAUUUCACUUUGGAGGAGAAUACCAGCAGUGCUACAGACGGAGGAAGUAUGGAAUUUAUGAUCGGGAAGACGGCAGCUAGUUACGUUGGACCCUAUCACAGUCUCUACCACUUUAAAUACAAUUUGUAUAAACGGUGCUUAGCAAAGGUUGAUAUUGUCCGACAAAGUGACAAUGAACUUGACAAUGCUGAGGUGUUGGACCGAUGUCUAAACAACAGAACCUGGGUACUCAAGAUCUUUGAUGACCUGAAGAAUAUGUUGGACAAAGGAUGAACGGACAGAACUGCCUGGGCGUGGAAUGAAUGAUGUGUGUGUGGAUGUAAGGGGAUUCAUUUGUGUGGAACUUGUGUCUGUCCUUGCCAUAAAAGAUGUUCAGGAAAAAACUUUCAGUCAGUCACUUACCUUACCCUAUUGUGGUAUAGUGUCAUAUCUCCACCUACUGGACAUCCUUUUCAACAUAUGUCAAUGGACUUGGUACAGAAGACUUGACAGCCUUAUUAAGCUUUAGUUAGGUCUUUGUUGCUGGGUUUGUUACAAGUAAUUGAAAAAAUGUAUGGCAAGUCAGAUUUUAGUCAUUGCACAUGAUGUGCAUUCAGUAGUUUUUGUCAAAACUACGGUGAUAAUAUGUGCAAGUCAAUUGUCAAAAUGUGAUGAUGAAAAUAAUGUUGAAUUGUUUAAUAUAAAAGUUAUCUAUACAAGCCAAACAAGCCAAACAAAACCGGAGAAAAACUAAAAGGACAGCAUUGAAGAGGUAUCAUGUUGUAGUUAGGAAUUGCAAUACUGACACACCAUUAAUUUUUUUGGGUUGUGUCCUCAUUUGUUUUCAUUUUUUUAAGAGAAUAAAAUGUUUUCAUAUACAGGUAUUUUAUACAUCAAUGUAUAUGGUAAUCUUAGCCCCAGCUAAGUCCCAUUUUCAUGGCUUUAAGAACAUUGUCAUAUUAGUGAAUUUAAAAUCUUUAGUUUCAUGAUUUCUUUUUGUGAUUAAUGCCCAAGAUUUUUAAUUGAUAGCUGAAGUGGAAAUAUAAAUUUUUCUUCUUUUAUUGACAUAAUUAUGUAUUGUAUCCACCAACAUCGAAAAUCCUGUAACACAAUAUUUUUGAUUUACUCUGUUAAGUAAUUUUUCCAGUGGUAGAAAAUGAACUUCAGUUUUAAUUCAUACCCUCAAAAUGCUUUUCAUCUGAAUUUAUAAAAAACGAUAGAUUGUUUCUGACAGCUGAUUAAACUCUACUCUGGUUUCAUUUGUUAUCUCUUAGUAUUGUGUAAGAAGAACAAAAAACAUCCAACAUUUAUUGAUUUCCAAUCAAUUUCCCUUGAAAAAUACCGAAAUAUAUCUACUAGAAUACACUUAUGCUGUUAACAAUAUUCCAGUAACAUUCAGUACCCUGAAUAAUAAUUUAUAGGAACUUUAUAACAAAAUUACUUGCCUUCUGUUUAAUUUUUUUGUGCUGGUAUGUUUCCUUAAACAAAUUUACAAAUUUCAACAGUCGAUCUUUUUGUUUUACCAUGUAAAGAAAGGACAAAAUGAAAACUUUGAAUUCUUAAAACUAGGCUUUAUAGUAUAUAAAGCAUAGUGGUGACUUCAGAAUUCAGAAAUUUUCAUUGAAAUAUAUAUUUCACAAAUGUUUUCUUUUACUUGGGGUUCAAAGUUUGAACAUGAUAUUUGUUUUGAAUCUAGGAUGUUAUAAGUUUUGUCUAUUUAUAUUGUUAUAAUUGAAUAAGACAUCUUAUGGAAAAAGACAGACAUUAUCUAAUGAUUUGUAUGUUUGAUUAGAAUUUGUUUAAAGUAUUAUCCAAGUACUAGAUACAUAAAUGUUUAUUCCUGAGAGUACGAGGUACUAUGCAGAUUUGAUUUUUUUUUUUUUUUUUUCUUGAAAGUUUUCAUUUUUCUUCUUUUUUCAGCAGUCGAAAUGAACUCGCAAAGAAUAAACAGAAUAUGAAUGUAAUUGAACUUUUACAACUUAUAUUUGAUACAGCAGGUCUCUUCUUUGAAAUGUCCCAAGUCUGUAUAAAUAUAUGAAUAAUGAGAAAUGACAAACAUUGUAACUUGAUAACAUACAAAUUUAUACCAAAAUCAAACAUUUAUCAAUCCAUUUGUCAAGGAAUAUUGGUAGUCUGGACCUUUUGAAUACAUUCUCCCACCUCCAACUUUAACAGUCCAUGUAAAACCUGAAUAUUUAUAUAUAUUCAAAGGAUUUUUGCAUUUAUUGAAUGGCAACUUAUUUUUACAAUUAAUUUGAAUUACUUCCUUUGUUAAAACGUGAAAAACUGAAGGUUGUAGGUAUCUGGUGAAUUAUAGGGAAGAUGGAAAAUGUCUUUUAGUUGGCAAAACUUUGAAAUUUUGUAAAGGACAAAACUAGAUUACAUUUGUUUAGUGGCUCAAACGAAAGAAACUUUGGAAUCUAUAUCUUUGAAUAUAUGUGUGAAACACAAUGGGGUAUUAACUGUCUAUCACAAUGGGAUAAUUCUGUGUAAAACACAAUAGGGGGUACAUGUAUUUCAGUGUAAAUCACAAUCAGGAUAAUUUGGGGUUUUUUUUUAAUGAAUCAAUUCUUAUAUUUGUUUUUAAUUUCACAAUUUUUGAAAUCUUAUUGUAUUUGAUAAGGACUGUUUCAGUAAAAUACUUGUUUACCUUAUGACUCCAACAUAAAUCACUUCUAUCCAGGGAUCUGUUCUCCUGCCUUUUACUUGUUCUACGAAAUAAAUUAUCAAUUGAAGUGGUUAUAUUAAUAAACAAAACUUAGGAGUCAUGAGGUGGGAUAGAUGUUUUAAUGGGAUGGUCCUGAAGUAGGUUUGUCAAACCAGAGUUCAGCAUUGAAAGUUCUGUUUAAUUUAUAAGAUAAAGAGACAUGUUUAAUUUUACGAAGACCUGGAGGAGGUGAAGAAAAUUAGAAUUUCCUGUGGCAUUGUGUAAGUUUUUAUUGUGAUUUUUUUAGUCAGAAAUUUACUACUUCAGAUAAAAUAUUUUGCUUAAUAUGUGCUUGUUUACAUAAAGUUGUCUGAGAAUUCUUAUGUAUACAGUUAAGUCUGGUGAUUAGUGGAAAAGACGUUUUGCUAGAUAUAUUGUAGAUUUAACUUUGAUAUGGAAGUUUUUCCAUUAAUAAUAUGUAAACAUCAAAUGAUCAUAAUAAAAUAAUCUUAUAUUGUC